GGAGGCGGCGGCGGAAUAGGCCGGGGCAGGUCGCGCUCGCUGCCUUCUCCCCUGAAGAGAGACGCGGGGGGAGGGGGGUGCGGCGAGCGGCUCCGCUCUCUCCCCAAGGCUCCGCUCGCGCCCCAGUGUAAUGAGGGUCACCCCCUCCCCCCAGCCGGCCCGGGAGGGGGCGCGGGGCACGGUUGAUGCUGGCCCAGGAUGGAUCAGACCUGUGAAGUAUCUAGAAGAAAUUGUCUGCUGCCCUUUUCCAAUCCAGUGAAUUUAGAUGCCCCUGAAGACAAGGACAGCCCUUUCGGUAAUGGUCAAUCCAAUUUUUCUGAGCCACUUAAUGGGUGUACUAUGCAGUUAUCGACUGCCAGUGGAACAUCCCAAAAUGCUUAUGGACAAGAUUCUCCAUCUUGUUACAUUCCACUGCGGAGACUACAGGAUUUGGCCUCCAUGAUCAAUGUAGAGUAUUUAAAUGGGUCUGCUGAUGGAUCAGAAUCCUUUCAAGACCCUGAAAAAAGUGAUUCAAGAGCUCAGUCGCCAGUUGUUUGCACUUCUUUGAGUCCUGGUGGUCCAACAGCACUUGCUAUGAAACAGGAACCCUCUUGUAAUAACUCCCCUGAACUCCAGGUAAAAGUAACAAAGACUAUCAAGAAUGGCUUUCUGCACUUUGAGAAUUUUACUUGUGUGGACGAUGCAGAUGUAGAUUCUGAAAUGGACCCAGAACAGCCAGUCACAGAGGAUGAGAGUAUAGAGGAGAUCUUUGAGGAAACUCAGACCAAUGCCACCUGCAAUUAUGAGCCUAAAUCAGAGAAUGGUGUAGACGUGGCCAUGGGAAAUGAACAAGACAGCACACCAGAGAGUAGACACGGUGCAGUCAAAUCGCCAUUCUUGCCAUUAGCUCCUCAAACUGAAACACAGAAAAAUAAGCAAAGAAAUGAAGUGGACGGCAGCAAUGAAAAAGCAGCCCUUCUCCCAGCCCCCUUUUCACUAGGAGAUACAAACGUUACCAUAGAAGAGCAAUUAAACUCAAUAAAUUUAUCUUUUCAGGAUGAUCCAGACUCCAGUACCAGUACAUUAGGAAACAUGCUAGAAUUACCUGGAACUUCAUCAUCAUCUACUUCACAGGAAUUGCCAUUUUGUCAACCCAAGAAAAAGUCUACGCCACUGAAGUAUGAAGUUGGAGAUCUCAUCUGGGCAAAAUUCAAGAGACGCCCAUGGUGGCCCUGCAGGAUUUGUUCUGAUCCGUUGAUUAACACACAUUCAAAAAUGAAAGUUUCAAACCGGAGGCCCUAUCGACAGUACUACGUGGAGGCUUUUGGGGACCCUUCAGAGAGAGCCUGGGUGGCUGGAAAAGCAAUCGUCAUGUUCGAAGGCAGACAUCAAUUUGAAGAGCUACCUGUUCUUAGGAGAAGAGGGAAGCAAAAAGAAAAAGGAUAUAGGCACAAGGUUCCUCAGAAAAUUUUGAGUAAAUGGGAAGCCAGUGUUGGUCUUGCUGAACAGUAUGAUGUUCCCAAAGGGUCGAAGAACCGAAGAUGUGUCACCAGUUCAAUCAAGUUGGACAGUGAGGAGGAUAUGCCAUUUGAGGACUGUACAAAUGAUCCUGAAUCAGAACAUGACCUGUUACUUAAUGGCUGCUUGAAAUCUCUGGCUUUUGACUCUGAACAUUCUGCAGAUGAGAAGGAAAAGCCUUGUGCUAAGUCUCGAGCCAGAAAGAGUUCUGAUAAUCCAAAAAGGACUAGUAUGAAAAAGGGCCACAUGCAAUUUGAAGCACAUAAGGAAGAACGAAGGGGAAAGAUUCCAGAGAACCUUGGCCUAAACUUUAUUUCUGGGGAUGUAUCUGAUAAGCAGGCCUCUAAUGAACUUUCCAGGAUAGCAAACAGCCUCACGGGGUCCAACACUGCCCCAGGAAGUUUCCUGUUUUCUUCUUGUGCGAAAAACACAGCAAAGAAAGAAUUUGAGACUUCAAAUUGUGACUCUUUACUGGGCUUGUCUGAGGGUGCCUUGAUCUCUAAACGUUCUGGGGAGAAGAAGAAACUCCAACGAGGUUUGGUGUGUAGUUCAAAAGUGCAGCUCUGUUACAUUGGAACAGGUGAUGAAGAAAAGCGAAGUGAUUCCAUUAGUAUCUGUACCACUUCUGAUGAUGGAAGCAGUGAUCUGGAUCCCAUAGAUCACAGUUCAGAGUCUGAUAACAGUGUCCUUGAAAUUACAGAUGCUUUUGAUAGAACAGAGAAUAUGUUAUCUGUGCAGAAAAAUGAAAAGGUAAAGUAUACUAGGUAUCCUGCCACAAACACUAAGGUAAAAGCAAAGCAGAAGUCCCUCAUUACUAACUCACAUACAGACCACCUAAUGGAUUGUACUAAGACAGCAGAGCCUGGAACUGAGACAUCUCAGGUUAAUCUUUCUGAUCUUAAAGUAUCUACUGUUGUCCGCAAACCCCAAUCGGAUUUUAGAAAUGAUGGUUUCUCUCCAAAAUUCAACACAGCAUCAAGCAUUUCCAGUGAGAACUCACUAAUAAAAGGCGGGGCUACAAAUCAAGCUCUAUUACAUUCAAAAAGCAAACAGCCCAAGAUCCGAAGUAUAAAGUGCAAACAUAAAGAAAAUCCAGUUGUAGUGGAACCUCCAGUUAUAAAUGAGGACUGCAGUUUGAAAUGCUGUUCUUCUGAUACCAAAGGCUCUCCUUUGGCCAGCAUUUCCAAAAGUGGGAAAGUGGAUGGGCUAAAACUACUGAGCAACAUGCAUGAGAAAACCAGGGAUUCAAAUGACAUAGAAACAGCAGUGGUGAAACAUGUUCUGUCAGAGUUGAAGGAACUCUCUUAUAGAUCCUUAAGUGAAGAUAUGAGUGACUCUGGAACAUCAAAGCCAUCAAAACCAUUACUUUUUUCUCCUGCCUCUGGUCAGAAUCAUAUACCUAUUGAACCAGACUACAAAUUCAGUACAUUGUUAAUGAUGUUAAAAGAUAUGCAUGAUAGUAAGACCAAAGAGCAACGGUUAAUGACUGCUCAGAACUUGGUCUCUUAUCGGAGUCCUGGUCUUGGGGACUGUUCUACAAGUAGUCCUGUAGGUGCAUCUAAGGUCUUGGUUUCAGGAAGCUCCACUCACAGUUCAGAAAAAAAUGGAGAUGGCACUCAGAACCCAGUCCGUCCUAGCUCUAGUGGGGGUGACUCUGCAGUGUCUGGAGAGUUGUCUGUAUCUGUACCUGGCCUAGUGUCUGACAGAAGAGACAUCCCUGCUUCUGGUAAAAGUCGUUCAAACUGUGUUACUAGGCGCAACUGUGGGCGAUCAAAACCAUCAUCUAAAUUGCGAGAUAGUUUUUCAGCCCAGUUGGGAAAGAACACAUUGAACCGUAAAGCCUUAAAGACAGAGCGCAAAAGAAAACUCAACCGACUUCCAGCUGUAACUCUUGAGGCUGCACUGCAGGGAGACAGAGCCAGUGGAGGUUCAGAGAAUGGUUCCUCAAGAGGUGGGCUAGAAGACCCUGGUAAAGAGGAAGGCCUUCAGUUAAUGGGCCAUUUAACAAGUGAAGACAGUGCCCAUUUUUCCAGUAUUCAUUUUGAUAACAAAGUCAACCAGUCUGACACUGAUAAAAUUCCUGAGAAAGUCCCCUCUUUUGAAAACAGAAAAGGCCCAGAGGUGGAUACUGAAAUGAACAGUGAGAAUGAUGAACCCAGUGGUGUAAAUCAAGCGGUGCCUAAAAAGCGGUGGCAGCGUUUAAACCAAAGGCGCACUAAACCUCGGAAGCGCACUAACAGAUUUAGGGAGAAAGAAAACUCUGAGGGUGCCUUUGGGGUUUUGCUUCCAGCUGACCCCAUAAAGAAGGGGGAUGAGUUCCCAGAGCAUAGACCCCCUACUUCAACAAACAUACUAGAGGAUACACUGGCAGAUCCCAAUCAUUCCAGCUGCUUAGAUUCAGUUGGACCACGGUUGAAUGUUUGUGAUAAAUCCAGUGCCAGCAUUGAAGAGAUGGAAAAAGAGCCGGGAAUUCCCAGUUUGACACCCCAGCCUGAGCUCCCUGAACCAGCUGUGCGGUCAGAGAAGAAACGCCUUAGGAAGCCAAGCAAGUGGCUUCUGGAAUAUACAGAAGAAUAUGAUCAGAUAUUUGCUCCUAAGAAAAAACAAAAGAAGGUGCAGGAACAGGUGCACAAGGUAAGUUCCCGCUGUGAAGAGGAAAGCCUUUUAGCCCGAUGCCGAUCUAGUGCUCAGAAAAAGCAGGUGGAUGAGAAUUCUUUGAUUUCAACCAAAGAAGAGCCUCCAGUUCUUGAAAGGGAGGCUCCAUUUUUGGAAGGGCCCUUGGCUCAGUCAGAACUUGGAGGUGGACAUGCUGAGUUGCCACAGCUGACCUUGUCUGUGCCUGUGGCUCCGGAAGUCUCUCCACGGCCUGCCCUUGAGUCUGAGGAAUUGCUAGUUAAAACACCAGGAAAUUAUGAAAGUAAACGUCAGAGAAAACCAACUAAGAAACUUCUUGAAUCCAAUGAUUUAGACCCUGGAUUUAUGCCCAAGAAGGGAGACCUUGGCCUUUCUAAAAAGUGUUAUGAAGCUGGUCACUUGGAGAAUGACAUUAAUGAAUCACGUGCUGCAUCUCAUUCUAAAGAGUAUGGUGGAGGCACUACCAAGAUAUUUGAUAAACCAAGGAAGCGAAAACGACAGAGGCAUGCUACAGCCAAGGUGCACUGUAAAAAAAUGAAAAAUGACGACUCAUCAAAAGAAACUCCAACCUCAGAGGGAGAACUGAUGACACACAGAACGGCUGCAAGCCCUAAGGAGACUGUUGAGGAGGGUGUAGAGAAUGAUCAUGGGAUGCCGGCAUCUAAAAAGCUGCAGGGCGAACGAGGCGGAGGAGCUGCACUCAAGGAGAAUGUUUGUCAGAACUGUGAGAAACUGGGUGAGCUGCUGUUAUGUGAGGCUCAGUGCUGUGGGGCUUUCCACCUGGAGUGCCUUGGAUUAACUGAGAUGCCAAGAGGAAAAUUUAUCUGCAAUGAAUGUCGCACAGGAAUCCAUACCUGUUUUGUUUGUAAGCAGAGUGGAGAAGAUGUUAAAAGGUGCCUUUUGCCCUUGUGUGGAAAGUUUUACCAUGAAGAAUGUGUCCAGAAGUAUCCACCCACUGUCAUGCAGAACAAGGGCUUCCGGUGCUCCCUCCACAUCUGUAUAACCUGCCAUGCUGCUAAUCCAGCCAGUGUUUCUGCAUCUAAAGGUCGUCUGAUGCGCUGUGUCCGCUGCCCUGUGGCAUACCAUGCCAAUGACUUUUGCCUGGCUGCCGGGUCCAAGAUUCUUGCAUCUAAUAGUAUCAUCUGCCCUAAUCACUUUACACCUAGGCGGGGCUGCCGAAAUCAUGAGCACGUUAAUGUUAGCUGGUGUUUUGUAUGCUCAGAAGGAGGCAGCCUUCUGUGCUGUGAUUCUUGCCCUGCUGCUUUUCAUCGUGAAUGCCUGAACAUUGAUAUCCCUGAAGGAAACUGGUAUUGCAAUGAUUGUAAGGCAGGCAAAAAGCCACAUUACAGGGAAAUUGUCUGGGUAAAAGUUGGACGAUACAGGUGGUGGCCAGCUGAGAUCUGCCAUCCUCGAGCGGUACCUUCCAAUAUCGAUAAGAUGAGACAUGAUGUGGGCGAGUUCCCUGUACUCUUCUUUGGGUCUAAUGACUAUCUGUGGACACAUCAGGCCCGAGUCUUUCCCUAUAUGGAGGGGGAUGUGAGCAGCAAGGAUAAGAUGGGCAAAGGCGUGGAUGGGACAUAUAAAAAAGCUCUUCAGGAAGCUGCAGCAAGGUUUGAGGAGUUAAAGGCCCAAAAAGAGCUAAGACAGCUGCAGGAAGACCGAAAGAAUGACAAGAAGCCACCGCCUUACAAACAUAUAAAGGUGAACCGUCCUAUUGGCAGGGUACAGAUCUUCACUGCAGAUUUGUCUGAAAUUCCCCGUUGCAACUGUAAAGCUACUGAUGAUAACCCCUGUGGGAUCGACUCUGAGUGCAUCAAUCGCAUGCUGCUCUAUGAGUGCCACCCCACAGUAUGUCCUGCCGGAGGACGCUGCCAAAACCAGUGCUUCACUAAGCGCCAGUAUCCAGAGGUUGAAAUUUUCCGAACAUUACAGAGGGGCUGGGGUCUCAGGACAAAAACAGAUAUUAAAAAGGGUGAAUUUGUGAAUGAGUAUGUGGGUGAGUUAAUAGAUGAAGAAGAGUGCAGAGCUCGAAUCCGUUAUGCCCAAGAACAUGAUAUCACUAAUUUCUAUAUGCUUACUCUAGACAAAGACCGGAUCAUUGAUGCUGGUCCUAAAGGAAACUAUGCUCGGUUCAUGAAUCAUUGCUGCCAGCCCAACUGUGAAACACAGAAAUGGUCUGUGAAUGGAGAUACUCGUGUUGGCCUUUUUGCCCUGAGUGACAUUAAAGCAGGCACUGAACUUACCUUCAACUACAACCUAGAAUGUCUUGGGAAUGGAAAGACUGUUUGCAAAUGUGGAGCCCCAAACUGCAGUGGCUUUUUGGGUGUAAGGCCAAAGAAUCAACCCAUUGCCACAGAAGAAAAGUCAAAGAAAUUCAAGAAGAAGCAACAGGGGAAGCGCAGGACCCAGGGUGAAAUCACAAAGGAGAGAGAGGAUGAAUGUUUCAGCUGUGGGGAUGCUGGCCAGCUCGUCUCCUGUAAGAAGCCAGGCUGCCCAAAAGUUUACCACGCUGACUGUCUAAAUCUAACCAAGCGACCAGCAGGGAAAUGGGAGUGUCCUUGGCAUCAGUGUGACAUCUGUGGGAAGGAAGCAGCCUCCUUCUGUGAGAUGUGUCCCAGCUCCUUUUGUAAGCAGCAUCGGGAAGGGAUGCUCUUCAUCUCCAAAUUGGAUGGGCGUUUGUCUUGUACUGAGCAUGACCCCUGUGGGCCCAACCCUCUGGAACCUGGGGAGAUCCGUGAGUAUGUGCCUCCCCCAGUACCGCUGUCUCCAGGCCCAGGCACUCACCUGGCAGAGCAUUCAUCAGGAGUGGCUGCUCAGGGGCCCAAACUGUUGGAUAAGCUGCCUGCUGACACCAACCAGACACUGUCACUGUCCAAAAAAGCUCUGGCAGGGACUUGUCAGAGGCCACCGCUUCCUGAAAGACCUUCUGACAGAACUGACUCCAGGCCCCAGCCUGUAGAUAGGGCCAGGGACCUUGCUGGGUCGGGGACCAAACCCCAGUCCUUGGUAUCCAGCCAGAAGCCAUUGGACAGGCCACCUGCAGUGGCAGGACCAAGACCCCAACUAUCUGACAAACCCUCUUCAGUGACUGGCGUAAGCUCCUCACCCUCAGUCAGGUCCCAACCACUGGAAAGACCUCUGGGGACAGCUGACCCAAGGCUGGAUAAAUCCAUAGGUGCUGCCAGCCCAAGGCCCCAGUCACUGGAGAAAACCCCAGUCCCUACUGGCCUGAGACUUCCACCGCCAGACAGACUGCUAGUCACCAGCGGUCCCAAGCCCCAGACUUCAGACAGGCCCCCAGACAAAUCCCAUGCUUCUUUGUCCCAGAGACUCCCACCUCCUGACAAAGUACUAUCAGCUGUGGUCCAGACCCUGGUAGCUAAAGAAAAAGCACUGAGGCCCGUGGACCAGAAUACUCAGUCAAAAAAUAGAGCUGCUUUGGUGAUGGAUCUCAUAGACCUAACUCCUCACCAGAAAGAACGGGCUGCUUCACCUCAUGAGGUCACACCACAGGUUGAUGAGAAGAUGCCAGUGUUGGAGUCAAGCUCGUGGACUGCCAGCAAAGGUCUGGGGCAGAUGCCGCGAGCUGUAGAGAGAGGCAGCGUGUCAGAUCCUGUCCUUCAGCCACCGGGGAAAGCAGCAGUCCCUUCGGAGCACUCCUGGCAAGCAGUUAAAUCACUCACCCAGGCCAGACUUCUCUCUCAGCCCCCUGCCAAGGCUUUUUUAUAUGAGCCAACAACUCAGGCCUCAGGAAGAGCACCUGCAGGGCUGGAGCAGACACCAGGGCUUCCCAGCCAAGCACCAGGCCUGGUGAAGCAGGUGAAGCAGAUGGCCGGAGGCCAGCAACUACCUGGACUUGCUGCCAAGAGUGGGCAGUCCUUUAGGCCUCUUGGGAAGGCCCCAUCCUCCCUCUGUACUGAAGAGAAGAAGUUGGCAACUGCAGAGCAGAGUCCCUGGGCCCUGGGAAAGGCCGCACCAGGGCCAGGGCUCUGGCCCAUGGUGGCUGGACAGACAAUAUCGCCAUCUUGCUGGUCCUCUGGGAGCACACAGACAUUGGCACAGACUUGCUGGUCUCUUGGAAGAGGGCAAGACCCUAAACCAGAGCAAAAUACACUUCCAGCUCUUAACCAGGCUCCUUCCAGUCACAAAUGUGCAGAGUCAGAACAGAAGUAAUAUGAGUAAAUGUCACAUGACCAGACCAGCUGCCCCCAGGGUUCUUGGGGAAGGGAAAUCAUCUUUCUUUUCCCCUCUUAAAAAACAGAUCCCACCACUUUUCCACUGUUACUCUUUCCUUAUAUCCCAACACUCAGAACUCUUGUGACAUUAGCCAGUGGGGGCAUGUGGUUGUGUAAACCAUGUAUGGAAAUCCAAGUGGGCCCCAGCCAAGGAGACAGACAGACUUGGGUCUUUUUCCUCCAACCUUUACACAUGGUAACUUGAAAUAAAAAGUCCACUCUGGAGUCAAGCAUGGGAUUCAAUUCCACUGGUCAGGUUGGAAGGUAGAGGGGCUCUCGAAGUUAUUUCUCUAGCCCUACAGAGCCCCACUGAGGGCACCUGAUGAACACUUGGGAUUGGGAAGAACUGAUACCAGUAGUGAUUUCUUGAGCAUUCACAUGUGCUAGGCCAGGUGCUAGUCACUGACAGGAGAUACAGAGAUAAGACCUGAUCCCUGUGAGCCUAACAUGCCUGCCUGGGUUCUCAGGCUGUUUUCAUGAACCUUUGACCAGGAAAUAGCAGGAAGUUCUGAGGGGCCCUGGGGCUCCAGACUCAUUUUGUAAUGUCCUUUAUGGCCCCAGAAGUGGUUGUGUUGAGUAAGUGUCCCCUGGUUGGGUGUGCAUGUGUGCGUGUGAUGCACACACGCUCAUGUGGAGGUCUCUAGUGGGGGGGGUGGGGGGUGGGGGGUUGCAUCAAGGCCAAGUGGAGCCGUUGGCUGAGCAGCUGCUGCUGCUUCUGUCUGGGCUGUGCAGAGUCUGAAAAUCUGUCCUUGGCAGAGCAGCUGGUUGUGGGGGCUGGGCUCUACAAGGACAUAGCUUUACCGAAGUAUAAGAAGGCAAUUGGCAAGCUUACCUUUCUUUCCUACCGAUUUUCGUCCUUUUACAUCAGCCCACCCCAUGCCCGCCCCCCAAACACUCAGGUGCUUUCAGAUUUCAGAGUCGGGCAGUGGAUAUAGGGAAUCUCUGGCAAGCUCUGCGCUAGAUCUACCACCAGCUCAGGGAGAGUGCCAGAUUCUGAUGGAAAAUUCCUUCUCUCUUUUGAUCCUUUGCCCUCUUACCUGAAUGGAGGGAGUCCUCUCCUUCACUGGUGGAUUCUACCACCCUAUCCCUGAGAAUUGCUGUGUUCUGUACUGAGAGCACCUGCCUGCUGACUUUGUUCAAAGGCAGGCCAGAGCCCUUCCCCUGUGACUGGCAAGAUGUGGUGUUUAGAGCAAUGUCCAGUCUGAGAGAUGAUUCCUCAUAACUGCUGAUUAUCUGUUACUGCUGCCCUGAGCUGGGGCCCAAGGGCUGGGAAAUCUGUUGGUGCUACCCUGCCCUACCAUUCACCCAGCUCACCAACUGCCAACAGGAAGUGCUGUUUGGCCAGUUCCUUCCCAUUCACUCACCCCUCCUUUGUCCCUAGACCAAACGUGUUUACCUCUCUGCUUUGCCAACUUAGCCAGCAGCUUUAGCCAACAGGCCAUCUCUUGGCCCAGAUGUCUCCUGGCCAUUCUGUUUCAGUUAUGGCUUUUACACCCUCAACAAGAUUCUGUAUUUUGUCCCAGUUUCCUCCUCCUGAGUUCCUACUGAGGUUACCCACAUCACUUCUAAGGAGGGAACAAUAGUUAUAGAAGCAUUUGCGCUUUAUAUAAAGAUUAAAAGAAGAAUUUGCUUUUAUUUCCCAAAGUCUGUCUCGGGUUGAGACACUUGAACUCAGGCAGAGGUACGAGGCUGGGCAGGGCUGUCCCGAGUCUAGGGGCCUAUCUCUGCAUCCCACUUAGACCUCGAAAUCUCUGUAAAUUCCACCUGCCUAGUUCUCCCCUUUUCAUCCUCUCUCUCUUCCCACAUCAUGAGAGAGGAAAAGCUCUUUGUUCAAAAGGAAGAAAAAACAAAGCAUCUUAUUUUCUUUUUUAAAAAAUUUUAAACCAUGGAAAAGAUAUUUUUAAAGAAAUCCACCCAGAACAUUAAAGUUCAUUAUAUUAAGUAUUUAUCAUGUGUGAGAAUAAUAAGUAUAUAACUGCAGCUAGUAGGUCCCUUUCCCUAAUCUCUUAGGCUGUAUGAGUAGGGUUUGCUUGGUGCCAGUCCUGUGCCCUUUUCUCUCCUGUCAUCUGUAGUUGUGAUCAGAAAAAGAUAUUCGCACUGCACUGUCAAUCUCCUUUCACUAUGUUGUGUGUUAAAUUACCGUAGCUCUUUGUUUCAUGAAAUAAACUGUGAAUUUGGGGGGGGGGGUGUGUGUGUGCAGGCUAUGUAAAAAAAUUUAAGUGGAGAAGUUUGAUCCUGAAAUAGCUUCUCUGAAGUAGGCUUUGGUAGGUAAUUGACUUGACAGCCGCUCUAGAUAUGUCUCACAGGACAAGGAGUGAGGGAAAGGUGGGCCAUGAGUGGCCACUUUGUGGUUUUGUUUUGGUUCUUUCCAUUCUACACCAUUUACUGGAAACGUCCUUCCAGACCUGCCUGGGAAAACAACUUUUGAGCUGUGCUUAGU